UUUAGGGCUCUUGGUUGGAAUGGAAGUCGAGGAUCAAAUCGGAUUGCUGCUUCCGCUGCUUGCAAAUGGAGAGGAGGAUCCGUCGGUUGCAGCGAUACCGAUAUUUCGAGGUUCCAACUCGGUCGGAAGGAGCAGCAAUCUUGUUGUUGAGGUUUCUUCGUCGGCAUUGGAGAUGGAGAUUUCAGUGACAGGGUCGAGCUCAAUCUCGAUCAAAUCGGGCUCCAGCGUGAAGAUUAUCCUCAGCUCGCAGUCCAAAUCUCCACUCCGUGCUGGCGACAUUGUCGAGAUGGUCCCAGGAGAUCGCUUCUUCAAGUUUAUGCUGUGUUCUGCGCUUAAAGGGAAGGCAGUAGCAUCUCAAAGUGACAAUGUGCUUGCUUCCAACAAGCGAAAGCGGCAAAUCGAGGACGACGAAGCAUUCGCCCGAGCUUUGCAGCAGGAGGAGAUGGCGACGACUGUGCGCUCGAAGAACACGCGAGGUGGCGAGCCCGAGAAGUCGAAAAUGCUUCACAGCGCGAGGUCGCCUUGUGGUUUCCAGCUACUGCGAGUUCAAGGCUUGCCCGACUGGGCGAACGCUGGGUGCGUGCGAAUUUCUGAUGUGAUAAAGGGCGAUGUUCUCGUUGCGAUCCUCUCAAAUUAUAUGGUGGACAUCGAGUGGCUGCUCUCUGCUUGCCCGCUUUUGAGGUCGAUCCCGCAAGUGGUGAUGAUCCACGGAGAGAGCAACGUUUCACAACUGCAGUCUGUGAAGCCAAGUAACUGGCUACUCUUCAAGCCGAGAUUGUGGAUCUCAUAUGGAACACACCAUUCCAAAGCCAUGCUACUUGUUUAUCCAACUGGUGUCCGAGUUGUUGUGCACACUGCAAACCUGAUCAAUAUCGAUUGGAAUAACAAGACUCAAGGCUUGUGGAUGCAAGAUUUUCCUUUCAAAAGUAUGACGGGGAUUACCACUGCAUCAGACUUUGAAAACGAUCUGGUGGACUAUUUGACAGCCCUUGAGUGGUCAGGAUGUACCGUAGAUGUCCAACACCAUGGACAGAUGAAGAUCAACGCAAUCUACUUCCGAAACUUCGAUUUCAGCAAUGCUGCGGUACGGCUGAUAGGAUCCAUACCUGGCUAUCACAGUGGCCCUCAGCUGAAUAAGUGGGGUCAUAUGAAGCUCCGUUCGAUUUUGAAGGAAGAGAAGUUUGAUAAAAAGUUCCAGAAUUCUCCUCUUGUGUAUCAGUUUUCCUCGCUUGGAUCGCUUGACGAGAAAUGGAUGGAAGAAUUCUCGUCUUCGCUAAGCGAAGGUUCGACACUUGAUGGGCGACGCUUGGGCUUAGGAGAAGCUCAAAUUAUUUUUCCCACCGUUGAAGACGUUCGACAAUCACUCGAGGGCUAUCGUGCUGGGGCCGCGAUUCCAAGUCCCGCGAAAAAUGUGGAGAAGCCACUGCUUAAGAAGUACUGGUCGCGGUGGCAAGCAGAGCAUACUGGAAGAAGUCGUGCUAUGCCUCACAUCAAGACUUUUGUACGCUUUCGGGAAAACGCUCUGGCUUGGGUGUGUCUCACGUCCUCGAAUCUCAGCAAAGCGGCGUGGGGUGCUUUGCAAAAGAACAAGACACAACUAAUGAUCCGUUCUUACGAGCUGGGUGUAGUUUUCCUGCCUUCGAUGCUCAGCAAAUUCAAGAACAGAUACUCUUGCACCGAAGACUUGCCCCUGAUCAACGAAAACGAGGCUUGCGAAACCGGAGAAGCACCCAACGUGAAGCUGUACACUCUCGCUGCCACCGAGAGCGUGGACGAGGAAGAAGAUACCAACGCGAAGAUUAUAAGGCUGCCUCUGCCUUACGCAUUGCCGCCGCCUCGAUACUCCUCGCAAGAUGAACCAUGGAAGUGGGACAAGCAAUACUUACACCCAGACGUCUAUGGCAAACGAUGGCCAAACUAAAGGCCUCGAUACUCCUCGCAAGAUGAAUCAUGGAAGUGAUACUUAUGGAAAGGUUUCCUUAAUAUUUUUCUUUUAUGGAUAGAGCUUAUAUAACUUUGGCCCUUUCUACUAAUAGAAAGUACGCCGCCGGAGGAGCC